AUGGCAAAUUCUACUGUAUGCUGUGCAUUCGAUUCUCCCAUUUUGGAUGAGGUCCUACCCCCUAUCCUAAUCUUGGAAUUUAUGUUUGGCCUGCUGGGAAAUUCUGUAGCCCUGUGGAUGUUUAUUCUUCAUUUAGAUACGUGGAAACCCAACGCUGUCUACCUUACGCAUCUGGCAGUAGCUGACUCAGUUGUCCUGUUCUGCCUCCCUUUUAGGGCAGAUUAUUAUCGCCGGGGAAAGGAUUGGAUUUAUGGUGAUGUCCUCUGCCGGAUCCUGCUUUUUUUGCUGGCUGCUAACAGGGCUGCGGGCAUCUUCUUCCUCACGGCUGUGGCAGUGGAUCGCUACUUAAAGAUUGUUCACCCUCAUAACUGCAUCAAUCGGAUGGGUUUGAACUAUGCUUUAUUCAUCUCCUCUGGAUUGUGGGCGCUUAUUGUAGCCAUGACCGCCUAUUUGCUGUUUGACAAGCAUUUUUUUAGCCAUAAUAACCGUACCCAGUGUGAGAGCUUCAAUAUUUGUAUGGGAGACAACCCUUUAGCCACAUGGCACAAUAUCUUCUAUGUAAUUCAGUUCAUUGUACCCGUGGGCAUUGUAACAUUUUGCACAGUCUGUGUGACAUGGCAAUUAAAGAGUAAGACAAUCGACACCCAAGGAAAGAUCAAGAGAGCUGUUCGAUUUGUGUUGGCUGUGGCUCUAGUGUUCAUCAUCUGCUUCUUCCCCAGCAGCAUGUCUCGCAUUGCUGUUUGGAUCCUAAAAGUCUGGCACAAUGAGUGUUCAUACUUUCAAGAGGCCAACCUUGCAUUUUACACUUCAGUAUGUUUUACCUACUUUAACAGUGUUCUCAAUCCUUUGGUCUACUACUUCUCCAGCCCUGCUUUCAGCGGAUCUUUUCAAAAGCUUUUAAACAAACUACUUGGCCGAAAGAUACCUGGGGAAGAUAUUUCGGCCAACAACAGCAUCAUCGUAUCAGUUUCCUCAGGUAGAUAA